AAUAUAAUAUCACGAAAUGUCAAAUGAUAAAAAUUUAAGGGUGAAAACCGGUCGUCGUCGCUUUCCAUCUGACAUAUCUCACGCCGAUUUGAAUCCAGAAAUUCAAUCGCAAUCAACUCCAUCCCAAACAUCUACCUUCCCCACAAAAAUGUCGUCAGGUUGUGCUCUGUUGUGCGAAAUCAUAUUUGCACUUCUUCUUCCUCCUCUCGGAGUUUGUCUCCGAUACGGUUGCUGCACCGCGGAGUUCUUUGUAUGCUUAUUGUUGACUCUUCUGGGUUAUCUUCCCGGGAUAAUCUAUGCCCUCUAUGCGAUCGUACUGGUCAAUCCAGAUCGUGACGAUUACCGCGACCGCUACUAUACACUUGCUUAACGAUGAUUCUUGGGGGUAUUUACAAAAACCUAUUUGAUGCUAUUACAUCAACACAUAUGAAACGAUCAUCAUCAACAAAUUGUUGUCUUCAUUUGCUUGCGAUUUGAGUUCUGCGAUCUUUAAGUAGUAUAGUUAAUAAGGUUAUUGGGACUUGUUUCAUGACGACACCUGUAGUUAUGUAUGAAUAUGUUAUUGAUACGUAUUAAAGUAAAAUGUUAAGGUAGCUAUGAGUUUUUGAAGUAUAAUCAUGUUGUCUUUACUCUUUACUCAGUUCUUGCUUAAUCUGUAGUAUCUGAUUUGUUUGAUCAUAUAUCUUUUGAUGA